AUGAUUUUUGCAAGACUAGCAGCACGCGCCACGGUGGGCCUCAGUCUCUUGUUGGUUACAACGUUUGCCGUUGCUGUUGCCGUGCCAUUUGCCGUUCCCGUCCCAGUCAUCCCGACACACCGCAUUGUACCACAGAUGGUUACCGUGGUAGACAUUGCCGUGUCCACGCAGUUUGUUAACGAAACGCGAACCGAGGCCAUUAUCGCGGAUCUGGCCUGUGUACUACGCAAUAUAUCAUCGGGAAACGUCAGCGUACACACCCAUAUGGUCAACGGUGCCAUGGCCCGUACGCGCCGCAUCAUAGGCAAUGACACGCGUCCUGGUCACAAAGGCUAUCUGGAGGUAACCGUUCACCCGCGUUUCUUCGGUGCCGUAAUCGACGCCGUAUCAGGAUUUGUUGAUAAGGUAACGGACGCCGUAGACGGCAUUCCAAUUGUAGAAACCGCCGUGUACUGGGCCUUGAGCCCGGUUACGGGCGCACUAGAAACGGUUGACAGCGUUGUGAACGAAGUGGAGAAUGUGGUGGGGGCUAUCAAUUACAUUACCGGAAUUGAUGAGAAUGAGGAGGACACCGGAAGUAGCGGUGGUGGUAGCGAGAGCUGCCCCGGUUGCCCGGCGGCCUGGAUGGGGGACGGGUUCUGUGACGACGCUUGCUAUACGGCAUUCUGCGGCUUUGAUCUGGGGGACUGUGACGGAAUGACCGCACCAGAGUCGGACUGUGCAUACGGAUGGUUCGACUACUACAUUGCAGACGGCAUGUGCGAUGUAGCGUGCAAUGCGGCCGGCUGUUCCUACGACGGCGGUGACUGUGAUGCACCAGCCAGCAAGUACUGUCACAUUACACACGUCAGCGACACGGUCCCGGGGUAUCUGACCGUUGGUGACAGCGACGAUCUGCACAUGGCUAUAGAGAAGCCUACUGUGCGUUGGUACAUUGACUACGUGAACACUGAGUCUUUCCGCCUGAGUCACAAUGGCUUGUACAUGAUUGCAGGGGAACCGGAGCUCGGUACUGACGGUGACAACAUUUUGAUAGACAUUACCAGUGAGCUGUGGUCAGCCUGGUAUUUUUCCGGGGAUUAUAUUGUGAGCAGCAUGAACGACUAUAUUCUUGUGGACUACUCUUCGUAUGCCCUAGUCAAGUUGAUGGUGCAGGGGAAAUUCGAGCUGUACGAGGAUCAGAAGUGGACAUUCACGGAUUGCGAGUACUAG